CAUAAAACCAAGUGCAAAUGUUGUAAUGGCAAAAAUGGCAGCAAAGGGUGUAUUAUUUUGACUCCUGGUGGUUUUAAUUUUGUUCUUGAAUUUCUGAGUAAUUCAAGGUUCAGUGUUCUAAGACUCUACUAUGGUAUGGGUAACAUUUUAUUAUAACUUAAUUUAUUUUAAUUGAUACUGGCUUUGACUUGGGCCAUUCUCAGUCUACCUUCAUUACCAAACUCACUUAUUUCAUUCAUGUAGGUUGUUAAUCUUUCAAGAAAACUGGAAGUUUCAUCUUCAGAAGUCAGAAACCUUAAAACUCACCUGGCAAGGAUUUCACUGGAACACAAUAAGAUGGAACAGUACAGACGGGACACUGGGACACUGAAGAAAGAGCAAGACAGAAAACAGGAGAAAAAUUAAAAGAAGUCGAUUGGUUUUUACAGGAUGAAGCACAAAAGAGAUUACAGCAGUGGAGAGAGAAGGAUAAUUCUUCAUUUAGAAUGCAAAUGGAACUCAGAAUUAAAGAUCUCGAGUUUCAGCUCUCCAAAAAAAUUUCUCAAGAAGAUUCCAUUAGAGCUGAAUUGGAGAAAUAUAAACAAUUACACCGAGAAGAAGUAAAUACCAGCCUGUCAUUGGCAAAUCAACUAGACAAGACUACUGAGAGGUUAGCAGAGAUCAAUAGCAAACGUAGAGAGAAGGAAAUGGACACAUUCUUUGCCAAGAUGGAGCAAGAAUUUGACAAAAAUAUAACUAGAGCACUAAAAGAAGAUGCUGCUAAAUUUGAAUUUGAAUCCUCUGUAGCUGCUCCUCUAGGAUCUAUGGGUGGGUUAACUCCAACUCAAGCUCUACUUUUGAAGACAUCACAGGAAUAUGCACAGAUUUUGAGGAAAAACUAUAUGAUCUGAAAGAAAUGUAAAAUGUACUUGUCUGAUGGAGGGGGAAAAGAUGGCUGGCGGUGAGAGAACUGAGGCAGAAACCACCUCCCAAAACCACAUGUAAUGAAAAUACAGCAAAUACCACUAAUCCUAAAAGACUGACCCAGAAGACUGCAACACACUGCCUACAUCUGGGGAAAAGAAAAGACCUUAAAGAAAAGGGUAAAGUAGCAAACUCAGCCCAGCAGGUUAGGAACAUUCAGGACCAUCAGAUGCUCCAUCCCCCUGGCUGGCAGUGCAGUGCUAAGGCCCCCCACUGUGAUGUGCAGCCUGCCACUCAUUCCUCCCAGCAGGCAUGAGUCUGCACAGCUGAUGCCACCACCAUUGCACCAGGUCACGUGGAGAGCAGCCCCACCUAGAGUACCUACAGGGGCAUAACACAGAGGUUCCUACCUCCGUUCUCGGCCUACUGGACCUGGCAGUGGAUGCAGACACUGCAGCCAGGUAGCAUUUUCAUGCUACCGAAAGAGCUUUUACCCCUGGCAGGCACCAGCACUGUGUACCUGUAACCCCACCAUCACUCCAGGUGCUGGAUAGCUCCAGAGAGUAGAGCUGGGCACUAGAGGGUGCCACCUACACAAAGGUAUUGUUCCAUAGUCAUCAUCAGAAUUAUGAAACAGCAAAAGAAUUUUGUACAAACCAGAAAGAGGGCUCAGUGAAACUGAAGUCACCAAUCUUCUUGAUAAAGAUUUCAAAAUAAAAAUCACAAACAUGCUCACAGAGCUACAGAAAAAUAUUCAAAUUCUCAGGGACAACUUCAAGAGAGAGAGAAAUAUAAAAAAUACACUAUCUAAAAUGAAACACACACUGGAGGGAUUUAAAAGCAGAAUAGAGGAGGAGAUGGUCAAUGGAACAAGAAUUAAAGAACAGGAAUAUAAAGAAGUUGAGGCACAGAGAGAAAAAACGUUCUAGGAAUGAAAGAAUAAUAAGACAACUCUGCAAACAAUCCUAAUGGAAUAAUAUUCGCAUUACAGGGGUAUCAAAAGAAGAAGAAGAGAAAAAGGAAGAAAAUGCAGCUUUGAGGAAAUACUGAAAACUUUCCCAGUCUAGGGAAGGAAAUAGUCGCUCAAGCCAUGCAAGUACAAAGAUCUCCCAACUCAAGGGACCCUAGGAAGACACCACCAAGCCAUAUAAUAAUUAAAAUGGCAAAGAUCAAGGACACGGACAGGGUAUUAAAAGAAGCCAGAGAGAGAAAAAAGAUCACAUGUAAAGGAAGGCCCAUCAGAAUAUCAGCAGACUUCUCAGCAGCAAACUUACACGCCAGAAAGGAGUAGCAUGACAUAUUUAAUGAAAUGAAACAAGGGCAUCCAACCAAGAAUACUCUCCUCAGAAAGAUUAUCACUUAAAUUUGAAGCAGGGAUUAAAUAAUAUUCAGAUAAGAAAAACUUGAGGGAAUUUACCUUCCACAAAACAUCUCUACAGAGUAUUUUAAAGGGAGUGCUCCAAAGGCUAAUAGCUGUCAUGAGAGAAAAUAAAACCAUAGUAAAGGUAGUAGACCAAUUAAUUACUAAGCAAAUGCAAAAUUACAUCAGUUACCCAAAAAGUCAGUCAACGAUGUUUGUUAUGCUUCAGAAGAUUGGGGACUGUUGAGAAUUAGGCUUGUGGUUGAUUAAUGAUUGUGCAUUGAGUCCCCUAUACAGAAUUUUUUUGUUGUUAACAACCAUGUGAUCAAUAAAUAUGAGAGAUGCCCUCUCGAAAAAAAAAAAACUCAGUCAAGGGAUACACAAAGAAUACAGGAUAUGACACCUAUAAUAAACAGAGGGGAGGAGGAAGAAAAAGAGGGGGGAAAAAAAGAACCUUUAGAUUAUGUUUGAACUACUGUAAUGAGCGAGUUAAAGUUAGACAGGUAGUAAAGAAGCUGCCCUUGAACCUUCGGUAACUAUGAAUCUAAAGCCUGCAAUGGCAAUAAGUACAUAUCUAUUGAUAAUAACCCUAAAUGUAAAUUGACUGCACCAAUCAAAAGACACAGAGUUACAGAAUGGAUAAACAAGCAAGACCUGUCUAUAUGCUGCCUACAAGAGACUCACUUCAAACCCAAAGACACACACAGACUAAAAGUGAAGGGAUGGAAAAAGAUAUUUAAUGAAAAUAAUAGGGAGAAAAAAGCAGGAGUUGCAAUACUUGUAUCAGAAAAAUAGACUUCAAAAACAAAAAAAGUAACAAGAGACAAAGAAGGACAUUAUGUAAUGACAAAGAGGUCAGUCCAACAAUAAGAUAUAACCACUACAGAUAUCUAUGUACUCAACAUAGUAUUUGUUUCAUGUAUUUGGCUGUUCCUAACAGAAUUAAAGGCUGAAAUAGAAUGCAAUGCAUUCAUUUUAGAAGAUUUCAACACUCCACUCACUCCAAAGGACAGAUCAACCAGACAGAAAAAUAAGUGAGGAGACAGAGGCACUGAACACAUUAAAACAGAUGGACCUAACAGAUGGGCCUAACAGACAUCUAAGGACACUCCACCCAAAAGCAGCAGGAUACACAGCUUUCUCAAGUGCACAUGGAACAUUUCCAGAACAGAUCACAUCCUAGGCCACAAAAAGAGCCUCAGUAAAUUGAGAAGAUUAAAAACAUGCCAACCAGCUUCUCAGAACACAAAGGUAUGAAACCAGAAAUUAUUCAAAGAAAAAAAAACCCCACACUUCAUAAUGCUCCUUAUCUAAAGCUGAAUUGGGUUUUACUUAUCUUUGGAAUAAAGAUCUUACAAGUG